AUGGAUUUAAUGGAUAUUCAAGAUAUAUCAUGUAUUGAUUUUGAUGAAUUAGGUGUACGACCUAAUUGGAUAGACGAUGGCAAUGAUGUUGAAUAUGAUGAUACAAACAAAAGAUAUUUUACUAAAGAUAAAAAAUCUGAAUUACAAUUUAUAAUAAAUGGUAAAAAAUUAAUAACUGAUGAAGAUGAUAUAUCAACAUCUGAUGAUGAUGAUUUAAAUUAUGAAAUCGAUCCGGAAACUGGUGAGAAAAUCUUUCACGAAUUGCUGGUUGCAUCAAGUCCAUCUUUUUCAUUGUCUAACAAUAAUUGGAUUGAGGAAUAUUUAACUACUAUUGAAUCAUCAUCAUCAUCAUCAUCAUCAACAUCGUCAUCUAAUCAACUAAUACCAUCAAUAACAACAUCAAAUAGUGAUUUAUUAUUUGAAGGUAUUCCAUUAAGUAACGAUCAAACAGAUUCAAAUUGGCUUUCAAAUUAUAUUUCUCUUGACGAAUCUACAACUAAUAAUAAUAUCAUGUUUCCUGAUCAAUUUUUAUCUGAUCAAUUAAAUAAUAAUAAUAAUAAUAAAAAUCUUCCUCAAACAACAUCACCUAUAUUGAUUCCAUUAUCAAAUAAAAAUACUCAAGAUUCAUUAAUGAAUCUUUUAAGUGUUACAAUUGAUGAUGAACAUUCCAUAAGUAGUAGUAAUAGUAGUCGACGACAAAGAUUAUAUUCAUCACUUGAAAGUGACUCAUAUACACAUGAUAGUGAAUUGACAUUUGAUGGAACUUUUAUUGAAACAAAAUUAGAAAAAAUUGAAUAUGAUGAACAUUCAAAUUCUCAUAUAUUAGUACGUCGAACAAGUGCACGUGGAAACUAUCAAGGACAACAAGAUGAAGAAGCUUUACGUCGAUAUAGUAUUCCACUUACAGUAUACGAUAUAACACAAUCAACAACUGAAGAAUAUAAUCGUCAUUUAUCACAUUUAAAUCAUUUAAAUCCAGAACAAAUACAUAUCAUAAAAGAUAUACGUCGUCGUGGAAAAAAUAAAAUUGCAGCACAAAAUUGUCGAAAACGAAAAGCAAUCAAUGUUGAAGCAUUACUUGAAGAAGUUGAUGAACUCAAACGACAAAAACAUGAAUUAGAAGAAAAUAAAAAAUCAUAUCAACAACAAAUUACUGAAACACGUAGACAAUAUGAAUAUCUUCAUCGACAAGUUUUACCUGAUCGACAAUUACCACCAGCAAUUAUUGUUAAAUAA